CGUCUUUUGUUUUGCUUGAUGAUAACGUCAAGCUAUUUUGAAAAUGUACAUUUAUCAGAACCGUUAUACGACGUAAAUCCAAUAAAUCUAGAUGUUUUUAUGAUUUUAAAAAGAAAGUAAUCCAUAUCUUUGUAUUAAUGAAGUAUGGAAAGAGAUGAGAUUGACAAAACAAGUGCCGUAGGGACCUUGGACGAUGUCGAUUCACGAUGUGCUGUAAAUUCGUUAAUACUUGAUUAUUAUAAAAAGUUUGGUAGGAAAAGGGAUUUGGAGCAGUUUUUCUCGCUAUCUACUGCCCAAAGUGAAAUUAAAGACACGAGUGGUUUGUUUUGGAGGAAGAUGAAAAGUGAGAAUGAUUCGUCCGACUCCGGUGGCGGGAGAAAGAGCGAUUCUUCUCACGAAGUUUGUCGAAUUUCCAUAAGGUGUUCAGUGCCUGAUGCUUCUACUUCACAGGAUGAUGAUAACCCAAGAACCAAGACUGACUUUCCACAAACAGAAUCUCCACCGAUCAUCAUUGAAGAAGUACCCGCUGACACAUCAAGACACACUGAUGAUGACUCCAUCAAUUUUGAUGACAAUAACUCACAAAAAUCUUUUGAUGCACUGUUAGAUUUAUCAGCACAUAAACCUCUAUCACCAACCAGUAGCAUCACCUCUCAACGUAAACUAGAAUGGGACUCUCUUGCUGACGUUGGUUAUGCCAACGAGAGUGAUAGGAAGACCUCGGCAUCCAGUCUAAGCACUUUAGAAAGACUUGCUUUAAAGCAACAGUAUUCCAAUAAUGAUUCCAAACAGGACAUUGGUAUACCAACUUCUCAUUCAACGCCGUUAGAUGAAGAAGGUAAGGCUAAAUCUAAAAAAGGUGUCGGUAAGAAAACAACAAAGAUCUACAAGAAGGAUGUCGAUUUAGUUGAGGUUAAUGUACCACACAGUUCGAAUGCGGCUCAAGCGCAAUCUAUAAAUGUAAAUCUUACAAAACACAUAUCGUUUAACGUCGAAAAAGAUGGUGGAAUUACCAUCGAAAAUGUUAAGCGUGAUGUUAGUUUUUCACCUGAAAAAGGACCUGAACGCAAAGAGGUUCUUCACCCUGUUGGUACGGACAAAGAAAUACAAACAACUCUGACUAAAGAUGAUCCGUUAGUCAAAAUAGAUACUAACAAGUUGAUUAGCGAAAUUGAGAUUCAUAAGCCAUUACAAGACAACCAAAAGAUUCCUGUCCUCAUCAGCUUGAAUACAUUACGAAAAAAAUUGAGGAGAAAGAAAUCCAGAACUGUGUAUAGAAGAAAGAAAACUAAAAAGAAGAAAGAAGAAAAUAAAGAAAAUACACCGCAAGAGAAGAGUGGAGAACCAUUGUCGGAAGCUGAGAGUUUUGAGUACAUGCCUGGACAUAUGUAUAAUCAAAACCAAAAUAAAGUGGAAGAACAAAGGCCUGAUAACAGCACUGGCAACAAGUCUAGUCUGGAAUCCAGUCAGGCUUUUACAACCGACUCAAGUAAAGGAUCAAAGCAUUCCCUCACGAAAGACUUAGAAAAAUGCAUUGACCUCCUCAAAGUCACUCUUCAACAGCGAUAUGACGAUAACAAUACAAAGAAAAAACUUAUAAAAGACAUUGUUCAUAGAUUAAUUACUUCUAAAUAUCGAGAUGAUGAUAGUACAACAGAAUUUCUUUCGGGCCUCAGUUAUACUAGCAGGAAGACCGGUCUUAAAGGAAAUAACACCACAACAAGUACAUCUGACACAAAUAAUACCGAUGACAAUAUUCAGAAAAAGCCAAAAAAAUCCAUUUUACGAAACGAUAAAUUCAACCCUAAUAAUAUUGCGUCCACGUCACAAAGUGCCCCUAACUUAUUUACUGCUUCAAACGAAAACGUGAAUACUAAUUUGAUAAAAACAUUGACUAUGACAGACUCCGAUGCGUCUAGUAAAGGCAAAACGUCUUCAGAUGUGCCAUUCCCGAAGACAUCGUCUGAGGAACUAUAUUUAAAGUAUCUGGAGGCUCUUAGACGCGAAGAGUCUUAUAAAAGACAUUUGAGAGACAAACAAAUGUUUAUGAAACAGAAACUGGUAAGUUCUGAGCCCGCAACUGUUCGUCAAGAACCCAAAAUUAGCAGCAGACUGAAGGAUUUGAUGAAAGACUUGACGAGGAACAAUUACGAUGACGGAUCGGGUGACGCCAGUAAGUUAGAAGGUGGUUCCACAUCGAACGUGGACUUAGACAGAUUGAACACUGAGAGAACGCAAAGAAGUCACUCUGUAUUCACUCUUUCCUCAAGUCAGUCGGAAGGCCAAAAACGGCCAAACUUGAAGAAAAAGAUGCAGGCUGAGAGGGAGAUAGGCGAAGCAGGGCCGAGCAGAGACCAUUACUGUUGUUGCCCACAUCACUUCAUCAAUUCGAAGGUUGGUUACACUGACAGUUCUGUGCAGGUGAACAUUAAGUAUCAGUGUGAAGAUGAAGAAACCCAGGUCAAGUCAUACCAACCGAAGACAAGGGCUUGUACGGCACUGCCCAAUGAAUGUAAUAAAUGUAAAGCAGAACUAAAGACAGCUCGCGUUGUCCCUGACAACGUAACUGGCGAGAUUAGAUACGUUUGCCUUUGUAAUCGGAGACCAGCAUCCUCUAACGAAGUGGUCGAUAAUGUUAUUUACAAAUGCUCGAAGCUAACGAACCGUGGGAUUCAGUUAGAAUCACCACGUAGGCUUUAUAAUACGGGGGUACAAUGUAGCUACGCAACCCCACCGACCAAGGAUGAUGAUAUUGAAAUGAUUCAACCUCCGUGCAGGUUGAACACUGGUACUGACAGCAGUUCUGAUAACACAAACAGAAGAUAUUCGAAGUCAUCGCAAACGAAUAUGCUGAUUAAAAUGAUGUGCCGCGGUGAUGAUGAUUUUUCGUCAUUGUCUGAAGUUAAAAACUUAUGCGGAACCUCCACGAAAUUGUUAGUGCCAGCAGAGAAUGCUAAAAAGGCAGUCACAAUACGCGAAGCGACCAGGUGCCUUCAGACUGAGAUAAGUCUAGACCCCAAAAUGUCGGACCCUAAACUAUCUGAUAUCGUCAUAGUAAGUGACUGUGAGUGCUCGAAACUUGUUUCGGAACAACUCAGACAUAUAUGCCCAGAUAAGACUGACAGCUCUUACAAAAGGAAAACCUUUAGUGACAUGUGUACAAGUAGCACUUCAGGAAAGCUGCUCAUUGAGUCUGAAGAAAGCCUUUUUACAGAUGAAAGAAUAUCUUCCAAAUCUUGCAAAGAUGACGCCACAUACGACUUUAAUAGAGUACCGAACAAGCCUCCAGUAGAAGCGUAUCCUAUACCCAUCCAAGGGACAAAUAUGACUCUUAUGGUGAAUUUAGGUGCAAUGGAAGUGAUGACGAAGAAGAAACAGGUCGACCAAGGCGUUGCUACAGAAUGCGCGGUAAGCCAAGACGAAGCUACAUCUGGUAUUCACGAAUGCAAAAAAUCAGCUCAAUGCUCUUGUUCCAUAGAUCAAAGUACUAACAAUACUUGCUCAAAACAUUCUACUUAUAAUAGAAAACCCUGUAUAAGAAAGACGUCUCCAGAGAAUAGUUCCAAGAGCAAUACAUAUCCGAAAAAAGACCCGGUUAAAGACAAACCGCCUUUUAAAAGGUCUAAUACUGAUACAGGAAAAAUCGGAGUGACGUCUUGUACCCAAACGGAUAAAGUUAAAGAGGACGCGGAAACUGGUUACAACCGAGGAUUUUGUGUUCCUGAGAAAGAAAGACUGAUUAUAUGCUGUCAUUGUGAAAAUAGAUGUCAAAUGCAUACUUGUGAGAAAGGUGAAACGGUGAAUAAUAAAGAAGGUUCUAAUAAAAAGGCAAGGAAAGACAGCCCAGAGUCUGAUCGCGAUUAUAUUUACAGAGAAAAAGAAACAGACAAGCGGACGGAACACAAGCACAUUUCUUGCGAUACUGAUGGCUUUAAAAACAAGGAGAAAGACACGAGAGAUAGAUCUGUAAGUCCGCCUUCAAAAUCUUAUGACGUACAAAUUAAAGAAACUGAAACAAAAACAAAAAUAUGCACUUGUGACAAUGCGUGUCAAGUCGAAAGAAAUGAUGAGAAAAUAGUAAUUGACAAAGAUAAAUAUCCUUCAAAAGAUAUAUCAGAUGGCCAAGAUUCUGAAAAAAGUUAUAUUCUGGACAAAAAAUAUUCAGAUGACGAAAUAACAACUAAAAAAACUACCCGUGACAUUUCCUCACAAAUCGAAAAGAGUGAUGAGAAAACAGUAAUAGAAAAAGAGAGAUAUCCUUCGAGAGAUAAAUCAGAUAACCUGGAUUGUGAAAAAACUAGUAUCCUAAAAAAUAAAUUCUCAGACGAUGAAAAGGCAACUAAAAAGUGUACUUGUGACAAUUCGAGUCAAGUGGAAACAAAAUACGACAAAAAAGUUACAAGCACAUUUACAUCAGAAAAUAAGUAUUGUGAGGAAACUGGUAUUCUGAAAAAUAAAUGUUCAGACGAUGAAAAAUCUACCAAAAAAUGUACUUGUGACAAAUCAAGUCAAGUCGAAAGAAAAUAUGAGGAGAAAGAAACAAACAAGUAUCCAAAAGAUGGAUCAGAAAACCCAUUUUGUGAGAAAACUGGUAUCCUAAAACAUAAAUGUUCAGAUGAUGAAAAAACUACAAAAAAAUGUACUUGUGAUAGUUCGAGUCAAGUCGAAAGAAAUGAUGAGGAAAAAGUAACAGAUAAACAUAGACGCCCUUCGAAAGAUAGAUCAGAAAGUUCAAAUUCUGACAAAAGUGUUGUUUCGAAAAAUACAUUGCCAGACGAUGAGAAGACAACUAAAAAACAUACGUGCGAUAGUGCAUGCCAAGGAAUUAUCGAAAGUGACAGCGCAACCAAUAAAGGUGACAAAGUCACUAAGGAUAAACCAAAAAGUUCUAACAACAACAAAACUGGAAAUAAUAAACGAAGACUCAGUUUUUCAGAUGACGAACCUACUUCUAAAACUUCUUGUGAAACCUCUUCACAAUCGAAUAAAACUGAAAACCGAAAAAUUGAUACCCAAAUCAGAUCGGAAAGUCCAAAUGGAUCUCCAACCGUCAAAAUAGACGUGGCCAUUCAAAAUAAUGUAUGCGCCGAUGAACUUGAUAAAAAAAUAAUAAAGAAAAUCAGCGAUACUUAUAAACCAGUUUUAAAAGACUGUUCCCAAAUGACCUGUAGGAAUGUAGGUUGUGAUACCCAAUGUGGCGGCAAGUGUUUGAAUGUGGGCUGUCAAACUGAUGUUCCAGACAGAGAUACACCGCAAAAUGCUCGCAAAACUGAGCCAAACGAACCAAAGACAAGUCAAGAUGAUAUACAAACAGACGACACCAAAGAGAGUGAUAAAGACCCAAUAUUAGACAUUAUACAAGAUAUGACAAGACGAUACUCCAAAAACGAUUUAGUUAAAUUGAAGAAGAAGAAAUGUUUUACGGAAAUUGUUGCUGUUCUCAACUACCUUUUAGAGACCGAGGAUAGUACAGACCCUGAGCCAAAGACUUGCUGCAGUACGAGCCAAAGUACCACAACGAAAUCAAGUUUGAACAAAACUAAACGGCCAACAGUGAGUGAAGUUGACUGUUGCUCUGAAAAACAGACUGACAAAGGUUUAAACAGAAAAUCUCGUAAAGACAUCAAAGAUUGUACGGAAUCCUCAGACCUACCUUGUUCCACAGACAUGCCUACAUCCUCGGAUUCAACUGCAUGUAGGGUCCUUAACAAAAUAAAGAAGGAAUGUGAGAAGUACCAUCAGAAAAGAUGCAAGAGUGGGCGAAAAUGUGAGAUAUCAAGCAGUACUUCAGUCAGCUGCGAUAAAUGCCAGAAAAUCCAUUAUUGUUCAUGCAAAAGCCAUAAGUGUAAGCGGUCCAAGGCGCUAGAAAAACUCCAGAAGAAAUGUGUUGCUUACAACUUGAUUAUUAAGAAUUCAGAGAGUGUUGUAAGCGAGGAAACUGUCUUUAAGAAGCCGUCGCGUCCUCUACAAAAUAUUAUAGUUACUGUACCGAAACGGGGUGCAAAAAAUGAUGGGAAAGAUGAACAGAAAUGUGAGCAGGAGGUGCCCAGCAUGAGUCCUCGGUUCAGACUGACACGUUCCAGGAGUUUAACACGCCAAAGCGUGACGAAUUUCCCCUCAGUGAGGGAGUAUCUUGAGCAGAACAGACCUGACUUCGUCGAGAAUUCUUUGCAGAGGCAGAAUUGUUUGAAGUUCAUUAGUGAAAGAAGAGCCAGCGCCAGAGCUGCCCAACGCGACCUGCUGUCACUGCACAUGGAACAGCAGCCCGACCUAACCGCGCUCAAUGCCGACGACCUGCGGAAACUGGCGCGGGAUAUCGGACUCGACUUGCGACGGAAAAAACCUGUCCCAAAAUUAAUUAGUGAACGUGAAAUGAAGAAACGCUCUGAAAAAAUAUACAAAACACUGCCAGAAGUAGUCCAAAAGAAAGAACAGAAAAAGAAGGAGAACAUCAAAAAGACCAACUUACUGAUGGCUAAUAUAUUUAAAAAGAAUCUCCAAAAGCAAGCUCUUCGUGGCACAGUAAACUUAUCUAACUACAACACGGUGAUUAAGAUUUGACGGAUAGUAUUAUAUAUUGUUAAAAUUGACAAAAUGAAAUGUAUAAUGUCUGUUAGUUAUCAAUUGUUGUGGAUUGUAUCCCAGAAUUUAUGAGGGUUUGAACCCCAAUUUUUAAUUAUUAUUAAUAAACUUCUAUUUUAGUAA